AUGAUCAACAAGCUCGGCGUGUUUCCCGAGAGCCUGGCGGCCAUCUACGCCGCGCAGAUGCUCAAGGGCCUCAUCUACCUCCACGAGAAGAACGUCACACACAGGGACAUCAAGGCCUCCAAUAUUUUGAUCACGCUCGACGGCCUGGUCAAGCUGGCCGAUUUUGGAAUUGCCACUACCGGCAACGCGGGCGACGGGGACCAGUCGGACCUCGUCGAGGGCUCUCCCUUCUGGAUGGCGCCAGAGAUCAUUCAGCUCGACCCGCCGUCCACGGCGUGUGACAUCUGGUCGCUGGGCUGUACUGUGCUGGAGCUGAUCACGGGCGAGCCGCCCUACUUCGACAUGCCCGCCAUGUCCGCGCUCUUCAAGAUCGUGCAGGACGACCACCCGCCCAUACCCGACACCUUCUCCGAGGGCCUUCAAGACUUUUUGCUUUGCUGCUUCAAGAAGGAGCCGUCGGAGAGGGCCACCGCGACACAGCUCCUCAACCACCCAUGGAUCAGGAACAGCUCGCCCAUUCUGAAUGGACUGAGCGAGCUGAGCUUGCGUGACGCACAGAGCACGGUGCGCCUACACAACAACGGAGCCGGCUCCGACAAGGAGUCCGGAAGCAGUCAUGUGCGCUUGUGGAGGGCGUGCUUAACGAGCGGAAUUCUGGUGUUUCUGCAGCGGCAGUGGGAGCAGUCGCAGCGGCACGAACGGGCGUUCCAGCACCGGGCGGUGUUCCCUGCGUUCCAUCGACUGGGGCAGCUCCUCAAACGACAGCGAGUUAACCUGAGUCGCUCCUACCACCCACAGGUCGCCAACUCGUUUGAGCACGCGGCCAUCGACGACGUGGACGAGUGGGAGAAGCCAAGUCGGCCUUCUAACAUACGUGUGCAGGACAUAUCUUCGCGAUUCGAGGAUUUGGCUUAUCAGGAGUCGGUUGGAUAUGUCGUGCUCAUCACUGGCUUCGAGACCCGCAAGAACAAACUCAUGUCAUAUACUGUGUUCCGCCUGAAGGUGUGCCUGGGAAAGGAGACGUGGCGAAUCUACAAGACCUACACGGACUUCAAGGACAUGCACACACAGUUGCGAGCGCGAUUGAAGAAGACGAAGAGAAAGGGCGGCAUGCCCAAGUUCCCGAGCGGGAAGAUGUUUGGCGCGGACAAGGAGGACUUCGUGAAGAAGCGAAAGCAAAAGCUGCAGACCUACAUCUCCGAAAUACUCAAGAUCCCCGAAGUCAUGAAGACCGGCCUCCUCACAGACUUCCUGAAGACGAACGGCCAGGACGUCAUGUCCCUCGGGUUCCAGAAAGAGGUCGAAGAAGAGCCCCUGCCCGAGCGGGAACGGAAGCCGAGCGUGCACGCCCGGACCUCGCUGCGAGCAAAGGAGAAGAAGGCCCGGCAGAACGUCGAGCGGGAGAUCGGGGAGUGGACCGUCGAGGAUCGCGCCAUCGACCGCGAGGAGGGCGAGCAGACGCCCCACUGA